UAAUAUACUGUAUUAAAAAUGAUUUAACACGUUACCCGCGUUAUGGCAACACCCAAGACUCGCCCCAGCGCGGCAACCUUCACACCGCUCUCCCGCCAGUCUCAGUGAAGCUAUCGGGACGAAAACACAAAUGGAUCCCUCGUCAUUCUAUAGCAGCCGUAUUGAAGAGGAAGACAGCUCUGAUGAAGAUUUCACCAUCUCCAAUGAGAGUGACUCAAGCAGCAGUGAUUCCAGUGAAGAAAGUGAUGAAGCAGGAGACACAGAAGGUGAUGGACCGGAUGAAGCAGGAGAUACAGGUGAUGGAGCAGAUGAAACAGGAGAAGCAGAUGAUGAUGAUGAUUCUCUAUCUGCUAGUAGUCUUGCACCUGCACUUGUAUGGGGGACUGUUUCUCCCAAACAACGUUCCUAUGCCUUUACUGGUAAAGAAGAGCUGGCCAUUUUGCCUCAUGUAAACUCAGUCACUGGAAAACCAGAGCCUGUUCAUAUGUAUGAAUUAUUCAUAACUGAUGAUAUUUUGGACACAAUAGUUUCUGAGACAAAUAUAUAUGCCCAACAAAAAAUAAAUGCAACACCACUGACAAGGAGGUCAAGGCUUUGUGCAUGGAAACCCACAACAAGGAAUGAAAUUAAGAAAUUCCUUGGUAUAAUUCUAUACAUGGGAAUUAAUGGUAUGCCAGAAAUUUCUUCCUAUUGGAGUAAAAACAAGCUGUAUGCUGGCUCUUAUAUUAGCAGUGUGAUGACCAGAGAGAGGUUUGAAAUCCUUCUUAGGUGUAUACAUUUCAGGGAUAAUACUGAUGUUAAUGGCCCACCUGAUCCAAUAUUCAAAUUGAGACCCUUGGUCACUGCUAUCAGAGAUCGCUGCCGGACUGUUUACAAGCCAGGCUCCAUGUUUGUGAUUGAUGAGAGUAUGGUUCCCUUUAGGGGCAGAACUAAGAUUAGGCAUUAUCUUCCUGGUAAAACACAUAAAUAUGGCUUCAAGUUGUACAAGGUAUGCACUCCAAGUGGGUAUACAUGGAAUUUCAAGAUUCAUUCAGGCAGCCAAACAAAGCGCCAGGGACUAAACUCCACAGAAAGUCUAACAGUAGAAUUAUGUGAAGAACUAUUUGACCAAGGUGCCACUCUUUAUGCUGAUAACUACUAUUGUUCACUGCCUCUAGCAGAGUACCUAUUGGAUAAGAAAACUUACCUUUGUGGAACCAUAAAGAGCACAAGAAAGUACCUUCCCAAGGAAGUCACUGAAAGCAAACUUAGAAAGAAUGAAAUGAAAGGGCAGGAAAACAGUAAUGGAGUGAAAGUUUUCAAAUGGAGGGAUAAAAGAAAUGUUCUGACUAUCUCAACUCUGCCUGAACACAGUGAUCAAUUAGUUCCCAGCGGCAAGGUAAACAGACGUAAAGAAGAGGUUUUCAAACCAGAAAGUGUAAUGGCAUACAACAAGGCAAAAAAAGGUGUGGAUGUCUCUGACCAGUACGCAUCCUACUACAGUCCGCUGAGAAAAAGCAAAAAAUGGUACAGAAAGUUGGCCUUUGAACUGAUUACUGGACUAGUAGUUGUAAAUGCUUGGGUUCUUCAUUGCCAGUACUUCCCUAGGGCUAAGAUGAGUCAGCUGCAAUUUCGAGAGGCUUUAGUUUGUUCACUCAUUGGAGAUGAACCUGAUAACAUUAGACCUGGAAAAAGUCCUGGAGUCAUAUCAGGAAAAAGAGAUCUUCAUAAACUGACUGAGAAAGAUGGACCUAAGAGAGCUACAAGAAAAAGGUGUCGUGGCUGCUAUGAAAAAAUAUCUCUUUCUGAAGGAUUCAAGGUAGCUAGAAACAAAGCUAGAAGAGUAAGCACCUUCUGUUUUCAGUGUCAAGAUAAACCACACUUGUGUAUAACAUGCUUUGCUGAGAAGCACAGUGCAUAAAUGACAUGUCAGUAAUACUUUCUUUUCACUAUUAGGAAAACUAGUAUGUUCGGGAUGUAUGUUACUUUACCAAAUAUUAAUAUUUUGUCUUUGGAGAUUAUUGAAAGGAUUUCAAUGCUAUAAUGCUUUUUCUAUAAAUUUCAGAGAUUUGUUCAUUUACCUAAAAUGCUAAUUUCAGUAUUAAAGGAAUAAAAGCAUCCAAAGUGUAAAACAAUGAGUGAUAUUGCUCACAGGAGUUACAGCAGUCAUACUAAUCACUUAUAAUAUAGCUAAAAAUUCCUAUAAAUUUAAUUAUAUUGUCAGGAUAUGUAUUUUUCAAUUUCUCUUAUCCAGUUCUGCAUGGGAGAUUGUGUUUUUUUAAUAUUCCAUAUAAUUUUUUACAUUUUAUUUUUUAAAUGAAUUUAAUAUCGAGUUUUUGAGUCUCAACAUUUUGUAUUAAAAAUAUAUUGAAUUACAAA